GUGGACUGAUCAGGAUGGAGAUCAGGAUGGACUGGGCUAGGCUAAAUAUAACUCGCGGUCAUAGAAAGAGCAGAAAUAUCACGUCCCCAGCGAGGGGAGCACGGUACGCAAGGGGAACCAAAACCCAUCGCUCUCCACCCGCAACGCCGCUCACCCACCACCGCGCUGGGCCCCAUCGCCGCGAGGGGUGGGAGGGCACAGGUCCCAUCCCCGACCCCUCCAUUGAUGACUCAGCCCGCUCCCUUCCCGAUGGAACGACGGGCGACAGGGCGGAGCAGGCAGGAAGGCAUUCUCUCGCUCUCUCUUGCUCCCUCUGGCUCGCUCUAUGGUGGAGGGGGCUCCAUGGCUUCAGUUCCUUAACUCUACAAAACAGACCGCUCCUCUGGGAUUCAUUGCAGUAUUCGAUCAUCGCUACCGCGCCGCACAGGUGCUGCUAUUGCAGCUUAACGGGCGGCUUCUGGAGCGGAUGGUUUUUAUCGGGAGGUUGGAAUGAGAAUUUGUGGAGUGCAGCGGAAGUGGAGCUGGAAUUGGUUUGAUUUUAGCUGCGGAGUGAAGGGGGGGAAAUGGAGUGGAGGACUGUGAUAAUGUUUAGUGUUGUUUCGGUGAAUGCGGUGAUCUUAUGUCAUCUGAGGAUAUGGGUUGCUAAUAGAAACUGCGUAUGGGAAGUGGACAUGGACGAGCUGUUACGUGAAGGUGUUCAGAGGGAAGCGUGUUUGUGUUGUUUUGUGGUUUGAGAAUGAUGGCUGGCAUCUCUAUGGCAUUGAUUUUCUAAAGAAAACCGCGAUCAUUUGCAGGAGUUGAGGUCCU